AUGCCGUUUCCUAAAAAUAUAACUAAAAAUUUCAAGCAAGAUUUUGAAAAGCUUAGUAUCGACAUUCAAAAUGCUAGCGGGUAUAAUGGCCGCGGUCCCAAUAAUUAUGGAACAGGAGUCACUAAAUUUCUUGUGUGUCCUAAGAGUUGUUCGUGUGCUCAUAAAGAGUCUAACAAGCAAAAAAAAUGUCCAAGAUGUGAUACAACAUACAAUGAUAAUGUGGAAAGUGUUUUAUUAUCUGUUAGGGAGCUGUUUAGGGAGAAAUUUAAAAACCCCAAAGUGGCUGAAAUGGAAUGGAUUAAUGUCAAUCGGUUUAUCAAAGAGAUUUUGCAAAAAAAACGGCAAAAUGUAUCUGAGCAUGUUGCUCGUAUGAUGGAUGAUGGAUAUUUUCAAAAGGCAAACAGCACAAACAAAAAAAAAAUUAUUGAUAUACCAAUGGUUGUUGUCGUGGAUGGAGCCUCUGUUUCUUCUGAUACUCAUUUAGGGUAUAAUGUAAUUGAAGCUUUCAAUCUCGCAGAGAAUAACUUGAAGAUGAAGGCCAAGGAAAAUGUAACUCCCAUUUAUGUUUAUCCUAAAUCAAAUUCUCAUAUUCCAUCAAAUGAAACUGAACAUUCCAACAGUCAGUCACAUCACAAUGUGAAUAGAGCGAAAGAUAUGGAAACAAGGUUUAAUGUUAAUAUUGAAGUUGAAGAUGAAAAGUUUAUGCCCUGUGGAGUAUUUGAACCAUUGAUUAAUGAGUUUAUAUCAUUAUCUAAAUUUGGAUUUAACGUGUAUGAUGCUUUUAAUAAGGAGGAGAUUACUGUUAGAGCACAUUGGCUUUACUCAGUAGGUGAUAUGCUGGGAGUGUCUGAGCUCAUGGGUGGCAGGUACCCUGAACACUUAAGGUGCUGUCUUCGAUGCAAUGUUUUUAAAUCAUCUUUGAAGUUUCCAGCACAUGUAUUAGUGAAAGAAGGGAGAGGUGUUUUUAAUUUUUCACACAAGGACAAUAAAUACUUAAAACUUAGAAACGAUGGUAUUUUUUCUACUGAUAUUACGUUAAAAGACUAUGAGGGUGGGACUUCUAACGAUUAUUACCAUUCAAUAAUCGAACCAAAUUUUGGUUCAAAUGGGGAGAUACUAAACAAUAAAUAUGUGUCUGAUAAACAAUGUAAAGAUUUGUGUGAAUAUUCAAAUCCUAGACUUUCUACGUUUUAUGGUUUUAAAAUUCGUUCACCAAUGUUUGAUUAUGAAUAUUUUAGCUUGCCAUGGUCACUUCCGCCAAAUAUUAUGCAUGCCCAAUUUUUAGAUAUCAUAAAACUAAUGCUUUCAAUUAUUUUGGACUCAAAUGGUGAAGCAGUAGAUGGAUCAAGGAACAUUGAUUUAUCUGAAUUUCGUUUUUCUGAAAAACAACAAGAAGCCUACUGUCAGUUUUUGCAGCAUCUAAAUGAUAAUACCCCGCAAGCUUUUAGAGACAAUAUUUUUAAUACCAAUAUUUCUUCUAGUAAAGAUUUUGGAAUAACAUCUGUUGCCCAAGGCGAAGCACUCUUAAAAGCCAUUUAUGUUCUUAAAGAUGUAAUACCAAAAGAGAAUGGCAGAGAAAGGCAAGCCUGUCUUCUUGAUAUAUACUCUCAAAUGUCUGUUUUAAUGUUGUACAAUAACUCAACAGAUUUAUCCGACGAGGUUGAUAUGAAAAACCUUGAAGAUAGUUGGGAAACAGUUGUUUACGCCUUUGAGUGUUGUGUAACUGAUUUGUAUACCAGAAAUGCAUUCUCCGGCACAUUACCUUUACAUACAAUGCUUCACUCCUGUGGAUAUUUAAAACGGUUAGGCACGCUCAGAAAAUUUAGUUUCAACACCACAAAAAUCCAUCUAGAAACUGGUAGUUCUCAUCAAGAUCGCGAAAACCAAAUUUCAGAAUUUUGCACUUAUAUGGUUAAGAGGUAUCUCAUAAACGUUAUUUAUGGUUCUUUUCAACCCUCGAAAAUAUUAACGCCUGCUACAAUCCUUUCUAAGGAAGUAAUUGAAAACAACACAAUUGAAAAUAACAACAAUUUAAAGGUUUUAGCUACACAAUUGGUUACCAACUAUCGCGAAUACAGAUCAACCGGACUUGAAGCUAAGAAUAAGAAGACCCCCCUUCAAACAGAUUUGUCGACAGUUACUGCACGAGGGAUAACACUACAACUUGACAAAGGUGACGAGAAUGUAAUUGAAAGUCCAAACACAUUUUACUAUAGACGGUUUACUAAAAUUAAACACAACACGUCAAAGUAUAAUUUAUAUACCAAAACUCCAUCUACAGAUUUCGGUUUCAACACUGAAACAUCGCCACAGAAACAUGAAAAUAUAGUCAGAGUGGUGCCUCCCAGAACGAGAAGCUCACUAUUAUCUUGCUAUGCCAAGCUAAUUGCGUGUUAUUCGAUUCGUCAACCAACCAUGAAAAAAGCCAAUUAUUUUGCAAUAAUUGAAACCAUUGAAGGUUUAAUUCCCGUCAAGAAUAGUAGGGAGACAUUACAGCUUGGAAAAGAUAUAACAGUUGGGAAAUAUUGGGUUGGUGAACCAAAAGGGAAGAGAAGAGUGGUGCCGAUUGAUCGGAUUAACAAUCCUGUUUUUGUGCUUCCGUACGUUGGCUUUGAAGUAGCGGAGAAUGAAUUUGAGGACAGAUACUAUAUUGUGGAUCCUCACGUUUUUUGUGAGUAUACAAAUAAGUCCCGAAAGAAAGUGGAGCUAAGUGUCUAUAGAAACCACAGAUACAUGAACAAGGAAGAGCUGGCAGAUUUAAGAGAGCAAUUGGGUGAUCGAGCCGAAGAAUAUAUAUAUCGAUGGAAAGAUAGUCCAUUUUAA